CACUGAAUCUCUUCUCUUCGAUUUUUCGCAAUCUCUCUCUCUAUCGUUCUUCAUCGUUCCCAGAUCUGCUCAUCUCCUCAAUCGCCAACAAUUACCAAAACCCCAACCACAAAUGCCAACACUCAUCGAACCCUAAAACUCUCCUCCUUUCCCCAAUCACAAAAAUGCAACCCGUACCAAACUCAUCUCCAACACCAGAAGCCAUACUCGAAUGGCUCCAAAAAGAAAUGGGAUACCGAAGCAAAUCCCACGUCCCAUCCCUAGAUUCCAUCAGAAAGAUCUGCAGAGGCAACAUGAUUCCCAUCUGGAGCUUCCUAAUGAACCGAGCCAAGUCCGAGAAGACCGUCGACACCAUCAGACGUAACAUCACCGUCCACGGUAGCACCAGCAGUAAUACCGAUGCUAACGUCGUUCCCAAUCCGGUUAAGGAGGAGAGUAGAGCUAAAGGGAGGCGUAAGGAGAAGGAGAGCAGAGAGGCUGCGUUGAGUGAGAGAGAGAUGGCUGCGAAUGAAGUUGAGAGGUUGAGGAACGUUGUGAGGAGGCAAAGGAAGGAUCUUAAGGCGAGGAUGCUUGAGGUUUCGAGAGAAGAAGCUGAGAGGAAGAGGAUGCUUGAUGAGAGGGCUAAUUACAGGCAUAAGCAAGUGAUGUUGGAAGGUUAUGAUCAGCAGUGUGAUGAAGCGGCGAGGAUAUUUGGGGAGUAUCAUAAGAGGUUGCAAGUGUAUGUUAAUCAAGCGAGGAAUGCGCAGAGGUUGAGUUUGGAUUCUUUGAGUGAUUUGUCGAGUAAGGUGAGUAGUAAUAGCGAGAGGGGGGAAGCUGUUUAUUCCUCUGUGAAGGGGAGUAAGUUGGUGGAUGAUGUGAUUCUUGUGGAGACGACGCGAGAACGGAGUAUUAGGAGAGCUUGUGAGUCACUUGCGUCGCUCAUGGUUGAGAGGAUUUGUAACUCUUUCCCUGCUUAUGAAGGGAAUGGGAUUCAUUCGCAUCCUGAGGUGGAGACUGCGAAGCUGAGUUUUGAGUAUGAUGGAGAGAUAUCUGAUGAGGUUAGAGGUGUUGUGAUGAAUUGUUUGAGUAGUCCUCCUCUACUUCUUCAAGCUAUUGCUGCACAUACCUUACGGCUUAAGACCCUUAUAUCUAAGGAGAUAGAGAGGGUUGAUGUCAGAGCUGAUGCUGAAACAUUGAGGUAUAAGUACGAAAACAACCGGGUAAUGGAGAUUUCUUCUUCUGAUGUAAGCUCGCCAUUGAGUUAUCAGUUUAAUGGUAAUGGGAAGAUGGACGCAGAUACUAAUUCCAAAGGAUCAAACAACCAGCUCCUUGAACGGCAGAAAGCACAUGUGCAACAAUUUUUGGGAACUGAAGAUGCACUAAACAAAGCCGCAGAAGCUCGGGUUUUGUGUCAGAAACUUAAAAACCGUUUGCAUGGAAGUGCUGACGCAGUUUCUUCAAAUCCACUUGGUGGAGGCAUGUCACAGAAUGUUAAAAAUCUUAGGCAAUUGGAGUUGGACGUAUGGGGCAAGGAACGAGAAGCUGCUGGGUUGAGGGCUAGCUUAAAUACAUUGAUAUCUGAAAUACAACGACUGAAUAAACUAUCCGCUGAAAGAAAAGAAGCUGAACAUUCCUUAAAACAAAAGUGGAAGAAAAUUGAAGAAUUUGAUGCUCGCAGAUCCGAACUUGAAACCAUAUACACUACUCUUCUCAAGGCCAACAUGGAUGCUGCUGCAUUCUGGAGUCAGCAGCCAUUAGUUGCAAGGGAAUACGCAAUGGCGACUAUAAUUCCGGCUAGUGAAAUUGUUGCAGACAUUUCAAAGAACGCUAAAGAUCUCAUUGAGAAAGAAGUGUCUGCUUUCUUCCAAAGUCCUGAUAACUCCCUCUAUAUGCUUCCAGCAACUCCGCAGGCCCUUCUGGAGUCUAUGGGAGCUAGUGGGUCAACAGGACCUGAAGCUGUUGCGUCAGCAGAGAAGAAUGCUGCUCUCUUGACUGCAAGAGCUGGUGCCAGAGAUCCAUCAGCAAUUCCUUCUAUUUGCCGAAUUUCUGCCGCCCUUCAGUAUCCUGCGGGUGUGGAGGGUUCAGAUGCAAGUUUGGCAUCAGUUUUAGAGUCUCUUGAGUUCUGCUUGAGGCUCCGCGGCUCCGAGGCAUGUGUGUUGGAAGAUUUAGCAAAAGCAAUCAACAUGGUGGAUAUACGUCAAGAUUUAGUGGAAAGUGGUCGUGCCCUGUUAAGCCAUGCUUACCAUGCCCAGCAAGAAUAUGAAAGGACAACUAAGCAUUGCUUAGAUCUUGCCACAGAACAAGAUAAUACAAUAACAGAGAAAUGGUUGCCUGAGCUCAAGACAGCGGUCUUGAAUGCUCAAGCCUCCUUGGAGCACUGCAAACACGUGUGGGGUUUGCUGGACGAAUGGUACGAACAACCUGCUGCAACUGUUGUGGACUGGGUCACGGUAGAUGGGCAGAACGUUGCAGCGUGGCAUAACCAUGUGAAAUCAUCCUAUUGCCUUUUACGAUAAGGAUGAGCAAAUACCUAUCAUCGCCGAGUUUGAAGGUUGCUCCGUGCAAGACAAAAACGAGAGGGUAUUUAGCAGAAGUCUCUAGGAAACAUAUGUUCCCAGGAUUCACAAAAAUUUCACCAAGGUCUUGCUUUCUGUUCCCAGCAUUGGUUUGCAAAGGGCCUCGCUUUGUAUUUUGUGGGUUUGGUUAUUGUUUUUUACGCAUACUGAUUUUGUAUUUGUAUCACAGAGUUUCUUGAGAUUGUUUGAUUCCGUAUUAACAAGAGUUGAGUAGCUUGUUACAAGAAUGAGUUUUAA